AGAUGGUGGCGGUAUUAAGUCAAAUAACUGGGUUUGCCAAACAAGAAGAAGAAAAAGCAGACGAAGAAGAAGGCUGUCGAUUUUUUUUUCUUCUUCGUUAUUUUGAUAAAAUUCGUCGCAGCUAAAAUGGUGAAGAAAUAUUAAUAUAAAUGUUUAAAGAUGGCAGAUAGAAAGGGAAAACCCACUGUUGCAACCAAAACCUUGACGAAGAAAGAACAAGAAGAGCUCAAGAAAAAGGAAGACAUAAAAACAGCUGAGGUGUUUGAAGAAUUUUUGGCUUCAUUUGAGUCCAGUCAGAAAAGUGGAGUGAAAACAUUCGUCCGUGGGGGUAUUGUCAAUGCAACUAAAGAGGAAGAAGCAGCAGAGAUCAAGAAAAGUAAGGUGUAUCGACCCUCCUCAAAGUAUGUUGCCGUGACCCAGCAGGUCUCACCAGUAUCAUCUUCUGAAAGCAAGAAAACUGCAUUGAAAAAAAAGACAGAUGAAAAGAAGAAGAGUAAUCUCGAACUUUUUAAAGAAGAACUUAAACUAAUACAAGAAGAGCGUGAGGAAAGACACAAGAGGAAGAAAACUGAUUCUGGAGGUGGAGGAGGAUAUACAGAUCUGGAUCUGCCACUGUUAGGCCGAUCAGCAUUAUACGAUGACCUGACAAUGCCCAUCACAACUAAUCUCUUCAUUAACUGCAUUAGCCCGAAGAUGAAUGAAGAGAUGCUCUGCAAAGAGUUUGCUAAGUAUGGGCCGCUGGCCAGUGUGAAGAUUAUGUGGCCGCGAACGGAUGAGGAACGCUGCAGAACCUCAAACAGAGCAUUUGUGGCUUUCAUGACACGGAAAGAUGCAGAAAAGGCCUUGGCUGCACUAGAUGGAAAAGUUAUAAUGGGGUUUGAAAUGAAGCUGGGAUGGGGUAAACCAGCUCGCAUUCCACCUCAGCCUCUCUUCAUACCGGUAGGGGUGAGGGCCACACCUCCACCCCAGUCUGGUCUGCCUUUUAAUGCUCAAACAAGGGAUCGCUUCCGCAAUGACUUUACCAAGCCUUUGGGCAUGUCCAAAGGGGAGUUAGACAAGACUCUGUCCGAAGCCAUAGUCAAAGUGGUUAUCCCGACAGAAAGGAAUCUACUGUUCCUCAUUCACAGGAUGAUAGAAUUUGUUGUGCGUGAAGGUCCAAUGUUUGAAGCUAUGAUAAUGAACAAAGAGAAAAACAACCCAGAUUACAAGUUUCUUUUUGACAACAAAAGCCAAGAUCACGUAUACUACCGGUGGAAGCUGUACUCCAUUCUCCACGGAGAGUCCCCAACUGAGUGGAGGACCUCCGAUUUUCGUAUGUUCCGGGGAGGCUCCAUAUGGAGGCCGCCUAUCUUGAAUGAGUACUCGCAGACUGAAGAGAGCACAGAGGUGGAGAAUUCUGCAUCUCAGGAGGAGGAGGAGGUGAAGAAAGGGCAGCUCAAAUCUGAGCACAGACAGAAACUGGAGGAAUUGCUUAAAGAACUCACUCCCCGGAGAGAUGAUAUCGCAAGUGCCAUGUUGUUCUGUCUUCAGCGAGCGGACGUAGCGGAAGAAAUAGUGGGACACAUCACUGAAUCGUUUUCCUUACUGCAAACACCCCUUCAGAAAAAGAUUGCCCGAUUGUAUCUCGUAUCAGACAUCUUGCACAAUUCGUGUGCCAAAGUAGCCGGUGCAUCAUAUUAUCGUAAAUAUUUUGAAACAAAUCUAAGCCAGAUAUUUGCGGACCUGCACGGUGCAUAUAACAACAUACAAGCCAGGCUGCAGGCUGAGCAGUUUAAGCAAAAAGUGAUGAGCUGUUUUAGGGCGUGGGAAGACUGGGCCAUAUACCCACAACGAUAUCUAAUCCACCUUCAAAAUAUAUUUUUGGGAUUUGCCAAAGCAGGAGAAGAGACGAUUGAAGUAGCUGAGGACAUCGCCUGUGAUCUCGAUGGCAUGCCGUUGGAUGGCACACCUAUAGACGGGUUACCAUUGGACAAAGCUGCUGUGGAUGACAUAGAUGGUUGCCCUAUUGGCUGGGACCCACUGGACGGAGUCCCUGUUGAUGACAUCGAUGGUGUUCCCUUAGGAGUCCCAACUGAUGACAUUGAUGGAAUGCCCCUGGAUGACAGCAUUGUUCCUCUUUCUGGAGUGCCUUUGUCUAAAUGGGAGAAAAUGGGUGAUACAGAUACGUUUUCUCAAGCCAAGACUGAGACUAAGUGGGAUGCUGUGGUGGAGAAAGAGAGUGAAGAUAAAGUGAGUGUAAGUGUCAACCACCAGGAAGGAGAAGAGGAGUUGGAAACGGACAGUAGCGAUGACUCCAGCAGUUCGUCCAAAUGUGACAGUGCAGACUUUCAGAGCUCCCUCCGAAGUUUUCAAAUGUCUGAAAGUAAGAGGCAAAGGCUGAGAGAGCUGGAGGUUAAAGUUAUGAAGAUCCAGGAUGAGUUAGAAUCUGGCAAAAAACGGAAGAAGUCUGGAAUGAGCAUACAGCAACAGGUGGAACAUUACAGGAACAAACUGCUACAGAAGGAGUUUGAGAAAGAUAAAGAAAAGAAUGAGAAAUCAAAAUCAAAAGAGAGGUCAAAGGAUGACAAAAAGGACAAAGAAAAGAUCAAAAGAAGUGAAGAUGGGGACACAAAACGAGGACGGAGCAAAGAUUCAGAUGACCUCUCCCAAAGAUCCAGGAGCAUUUCUCCUUUAAAGACAAGGUCUCCUAAAUGGUCCAAACGUUCCCAUUCUCCGUCUCCAGAGAAGAAGGCACAGAAGUCCAGGUCGCGCUCACCGCACCGCUCCCACAAGAAGUCAAAGAGAAGCAAACACUGACUGUGGACUCUGCUGGUGUCCGGAGGUUGCACUUCAGACAGACCUGCCCCCAACAUGUCCAGGCGACAUUCAGAACUUUUUUGUACUAUGACGUUUGACCACUGUAACUGUUUAUUUUUGUUUUGUUUGUUUUUAAGCUGAGAAGGAAACAUGUUUCUGCUAAGUGCCAACACUAAAUAAAUAACUGUUGGUGGUGAA